AUGUUCCGGCCUACCCUGAUCAUAGCCACCUUGUGGUUUCUUCUCCACCUUGUUCCUGCAUUGAACAUAUCUCCUCCUACUUCUGAACUCAUUCGCCUCCCCCGUGAGCUAUGGGACACCGAGAGCAUCACAAAAAGAGACGAUGGCGUAGGCUCAAUUGUGCUCUCAGACCAUGAAGAAUUUAGAUGGGCGUCUACGGACACGCCGCAUGAGAAAGCCGUCGUUGUGAGCAUGGUAGCGUACUCCAAACAAAACGAGAAAAUCCUAGACAUGGACCGCUUCGCCUUUGCCCUCGAGUCCGCCAGCUGCAAUGCGGAAGAUAUGCACAUCAAGUUCAAGCAUAAGCUCAUCUACCAGGCGGCCAAGAUCGCCUGGCAGUGGGUGAACUACAAUGACCUGCGCUCCUUUGUGCUCGUACCGAGCUGGAAGGGCUGUGGCGCGGAUAAAUCGCAUGAUCCGUUCGUCGUUAGCAGCGUGACGUUCGAUGACAAGACGCAGCGUGUCAACAUGGUAGCGACACAGAGUACCUGGAAGAAGGUCAUGAAUACUUUUGUGCUGGAUUUCGGCGAGGUCGUGCUUGGUGGUGAUGAUAAGACUAAGCGCGAUAUCAUUCCUGAUCUAGACGCAAAGUUCCGUUUGGAUGUUGGCGCUACGCUUCCCCAGCAGAUCUUCAAAUGGCAGGUGAACCGUGGUGUUCUCAAUGCUAGUGUUACCGCCAACUGCAAUGAAUGCGGUACAUCAGGCACACUCGUGUUCGCUGGCCAUGUUGAGGCUAGCCUUGGCUGGGAUGGGUUCGAGGUCGACAAGUUUGAGAUCUCUGUCCGGCCCGAGGGCGUCCAGGCACAUGUUGGUCUGAGCCUUGACUUCCUGGGCCACCUUGACUACUCGUCCUUUGUUCGGCCGUCGCAAGAGUUUGAGAUCCUGGAGAUCCCUGCCUCAGGCUGGAACAUUCGAGGGAUCUUUGAGUUUGGCCCGCGCAUUUUGCUCAAUGCUGGGUAUUCAAUUGACUAUAUCGAGGGUGUGGCUUCCGUGGGUGCCGGGAUUACUGCGCGGAUUCCCGAUACCGCAAUUGCGAAGCUUGAUCUCCUGGCUGAGGAUUCUGUUGACGUGAGCGGAUGGGCGCCGGUGAUUGAGACGGACCCUUUGGAGGCCCAAGCCCAGAUCAACGCCCAGGCCACGCUGUAUACUGAGAUUGCGCUGUCGGUCAGCUUGACUGUUCUAGACGAUAACGGCUUCGGAGUUGAUAUCGCACUGAAGGUUCCCGAGGUCACGGUCACCACAUCUGCCGGUGGCAACAUCAACGGCUUCUGUGAAAAUGACCCUGAUCCCUGGGGUAUUAUGGUUGAGGCGACAGUGGGAGCCAAUCUUGCACUUGAAGGCUGGAAAGAGCUCGACGGAGACAAGGAUAAACUCUUUGGCGUUGACCUCUUCGACAAAGAUGACCUCUACGUCUUCCCCCAGUUCUGCUUCUCCUUCGGUGGCUUGAGCGAAGGCUUUUGCCUGGCUGAGGAAUCACCCGAGGAGGACGAUGACGAUGACGAUGAUGAUGACCGCCUUGCAGGUAGAUCUCUCAAUAGUACGGACAGUCACCUGCUUGCCCGACAAGGCCCCAUGGGUGACCGCACAGUCAAGCUCGACUGCGAUAACAAAGGGGAGCAUGCCUGGCCGGUACUGGAAUACCCGCAGCCAGCGACUCUUAGAGAAGACGGAAGUAUCCCGAUUGCGAAGCCCAGUGUGCCGUGCCCCAAGUCGGAGAAGAACUGCGAGAUCAAAGACGCCGAUAUCACGCUUAUCUGGGAUGAUAUGAGCCAGCGGUCAAUUGUGGAAAAGGACAACCGCGAUUGGUUUCAGACCACGAGACAGAAGAGAUGGGACGCCGAGCAUAUAUACGAGGGCAACUGGAUAGCCAAGUACAUCACGCACGUCGCGGAGGUCGCCGGAUGGGUAAAUGCUGCUGGCGCAGGAUGUCAUGCCGAUGUUAUUACUCUUAUCAACGCACCACCAGCCGCUGACAACCCCACACCUGAAGGAGCAGAUGCUCCGGACAAGGUGAGCAAGGCGUUGAUGCAGCAGCUGGCGACUAUUGCAACAUAUGAAGACCGAAUCGCGAUUCUUCAAAUGACCCAAAACACCAUGAAGUUCCGAAUGUUCAAUGGAGAUAGCCUCAUCGCUUACUUUGAGAAUGAUGAGGACAACAGUACCCCGAAGCCCGUUCCCAAUAACCAUGGCAGGAGGUCGUGUGAUCUCGCCCGAAUUGUCACAACUUGCAAGUACAUGUAUAACGAGCACAUCCUGGCGCGAAUGAACACCACCGUUUUGGCCAUUGAAAGUGUCCUGAAAGCCAUGGACGAAGAUGAAGCAAUUCCAAAGCCAAAGGACAAACCCGACUUCUCAUUUGUGAAGGAACACCGAGUAUUCUUCGAAAAAACCUGGGUCGCGGGAUUUGAGCAUGCUCAGAACGAACUGUACGAACAUGCAGAGUGGCUGAGCAGGCAACCCGGUGCGCAAGCGGAGCUUGGCCCUGAUAUUUGGGAUGAUAUUACCGAGCUUGCCAAAAAUGACCGUGAAAUUCUUUGGGACUUUUGUCCGGAAAGGCACCUCGACACAUGGUUGACGCCAUUGGAGUGA